AUGAAAACUAUGAAUGGUGAAAUUGCUGCUGUAGAUAGCAUACAAAACUUUUCAAGAAGAAAACAUUCUGCAGAUCAUAGACACGAUGAAAAUAAAUACAAACCUAGGGACUCUGAUAGCAGUGAUUAUAGUUAUGAAGAUACACUCUUCAUCAAUACAGUAGAUACUAAUAGUAACCUAUUUGUUGGAAGUCUCAACAGUGAUGAUAAAUGGCAUGUUGAUGUUAAUUUAGAGAAUACUGGUCCUUUUCGAAUUCAAGACUUUGCCAAAGAAUGGGGUAUUAAGUGUACUACAUCAAGUCCAAGAUUUCUUCAAUCAAAUGACAUGAGUGGACGUUAUGUGCAGACAUUAAAACGCAUGUUGAAGAAAGCAGAUCGUGAAGGAAAAGACAUUCACAUAGCACUUUUAGAAUACAGAAAUUCUCCAGUAGUAGGAAUGUUUUACUCGCCAGCUCAACUACAGAUGAGUCGAACUUUACGAACUAAGCUUCCAACCACCAAUCAACUGUUGGAACCUAAAGUGGUUAAUCCUUACAACGAAUUACAUGACAGACAACAUCGACAGAAACAUUAUUUUGACAGAGGAAGCAGAGAGGCAGAAAGUUUAAAAGCAGGCGAUGUCGUUCGCAUACGUAAUUAUAAAACAUGGGAACCAGGAGUGAUAUCCAGAAAAUCAGUUUAUCCUCGUUCCUGA